AAUAUUGUGAAAUGCUUCUAGUAUUUUCGGAACUUUUCUACUUGAAUGGCUUUUUUGUUUUAUCCUUUUGCUAGAUGCCUCCAGAUUUAGAUUUGGGCAAAGUUAAAAGACAGGACUUUGAUCCUACUAUAGAGAAGGCGAGAUAUAACAGCUGCCUGCAAAAAGGGAGUGAAGACCAGAAGUUCUUUUCCUUGUCAACCCCAAGCAAACCUCGCAAGUUGGCUUCUCCCUUGAAUGCUGUUGAACAAAACCAAAACAGGAUGUCACUGCCCUUGGAUUACAACACAACUCACCAUCGGAAGCUACGACAGAAGCAGCUUCAACAGAAGUUCCGACAGCAGAUGCAGGAGAAACAGCAGAUCCAGUCAGAUGUUUCAGCUUGCAGAAUUAAAGAUCAAGUGCCGUCCAUUUCCCCUGCCAUGGAAUGCAACUCUUCUGUACAACCGGAAUCUGUGGUGGAUGAAGAAUUCCUUGCAGAUGAUCCAGAACUCUGGAACUUUCCUUUGGAAGCGACUGAUCAUGAUACAGCAGCAGUGCCAGCCCAGUGCUUACGCUCACCUCUUGGACACCAUACUAUGAUGACUCGCAGCCGAACCCCGCAAAGAAUAAAUAAUCAGCAAUCAAAUAUAAAACCUUCAUCUUGGCAUCUGUCCUCCAGUCCCAAAUCUUACUUACCAGCUGAAUGUAGCCCCUACCGAAAAGGCCAAGGAAUGAAAAAGAGAAGACUGGAGCCUGCAUAGAAAGCACUUAAGACUUCAGCAUAAGGGUUUUAAUUCAGAACUUUUAGUCCAAUAAAGUUGAAGACCAAAGUAUAUUUUCUAGAUUUUAUUAGAGGAAAAAAGUGCAUUGCUUUGCAGUAUUUAACUAAUGGCUUAAAUGCCACUUCAAGUCUAGUUAAAAGAAUUAAAUAUUACAAGCCCUAAUAUUUCAUUUUAUAUGUAAUUCUAUUUUAAAAUUUUAAAAGGUACUUAACUUUCUUCAUUCCAAUUGGAAGAGAGCAAUUUUAGUAAUGAU